AUGAGUGAGGUGGAGUCGGUGAAGAAGACGCUGCGUGCCGUGCUGCAGAGCUGUAAGAAUGGCGUGGCGUUGUCGCGGCUGCAGGCGGAUUACUACAAGCUGACCGGACAGUCCAUCCCUCUGGAGCAGCUCGGCUUCAGGAACCUGGAGAACUUCCUCAGGAGCAUUCCUGACGUGGUGCACCUCCGGCGUUCCUCCAUUGGAGAGAUAAUGUGCUUUGCGGCUGUGUGUAAAGAAACGGCCCACAUCGCUCAGAUGGUCUCUCAGCAGAAGAGCUCGAAGAAAAACUCAGGAAACUCUCAGCUGCAAAACUGUCGCAUGAGGAUGGGGUCUUCCUCUCUGUUUACACACAGUGUUAAUCUUCGCUCGUCCCUGAGGCAGCCUGGUCACGUGACCUUGAACAGCUCCUGGGAUCAGACUUCAGGCUUGUGCUUCAGCAUACCACGUGACCAGCGGCAGGAGUGUAGCACAAAAACAGGCUCCACCCACCAAGGCACGAAGCCCACUGGGUCAGUAAACCAACAGACUGUGGUCACUCGUCCAGCCGGGAAGAACCAAAGCACAGAGGGCGAUGUGGAGCUGUUUCAGAGCCGUGUAAAGCAGCUCCUACAGAAAUACAGCAGCGGUGUGUGGCUCUCCAAACUGCCUCAGCUCUACAGUGCCAUGUUCAAUCAGGAGCUUCCCUCAUACAUACUCCCACUGCUGGAGAGCUGGACACACAUCUGCAGUGUGGAGAAACCGAAUAGUAAAGUUGCAGGGUAUCUGGUUUACCCCAUUAAAGACCCCUUUUUAAAACCCCACACCCCUCCACACACCCCGCAGAAAUCUUUCCAGAUCCCCAGCACCAUCCCACAAUCCCCAACAUCUCAGACCCAGAAGCCCCCGAUGCCGCUCACCCCCGAGUCCCUGGGCCACUCCCUGUCCACCCCUCCGUCCACACCCCCUGCCCCUCUGUCUCAGGAUGUAAAAGAUAAAGUGCGGGAGCUACUGAAUAAAUACAGCCAUGGUCUGUGGGCUCAUGCUUUGCCCCGCCUCUUCCAGGAGGUCUUCAGGUGUGAUUUCCCACGGUCACUGCUGGACGAUCUCGCUCCUCUGGCCGAUACGUGCGCGAUCGAAUACCCGAUGCCGCAAAAUCGUAACAAAGCCAUUUUAUACACUUUGCCCAAUGUACGUGUGACCUCAAAGCCACGCCCACAGCCCAGAUCAUGCAUAAUCGCCUACUGCAGCAACCUGGAGGUACCUAAGCUGCCCCUGCCCAAGGAGGAGUUCCCGUCCGUGUUGGUGAUGGAGGCCAGGAACACCAACAAUGUCAUAUGCCGGUAUGUGGGCAAGGAAUAUUCUCAGGCUCUAGAGAAGAUGGAGGAGGACAUGUUGGAGUUUUACCACAGCACAGGGGCGGGGCUUAGCUGCACCUGUCCUACGGUUGGUCAGCUGGUGGCGGUUGACUUGGGUGAGGAGACCGUGCUCCGAGCUCAAGUGCACCAGAUCACAGAGAAUGAUGUGAAGGUGUACUUUGUGGAUCACAGUUCCUCUGCGGUGGUGAACAGAGAGAUGUUGCUGCAGCUCACUGGUCAGUUCCUCAUGCUGCCGUUCCAGGCCACCAGCUGCCAACUCGCAGGUCUGGAGCUUUUUAGUGAGGAUGUGGUGGUGCUGAAGACACUGGAGUCGUUAGCAUGCGGCAGGACGCUGCUGGCCGAGCUGGUGGACCUCGAGACUCCGCCCCUCAUGGUGUUGUACGACACGUCAGACGAGACAGACGUUAACAUAAACGCUGCAUGCCUCAGCGCUCUGCAGGACAAAACCAUGCAGAAUCCACUCCAGGUGAACAGCUCCUACUCAAACGUGUGUGUGACGAAUGUAGGGUCUGACGGCAGUGUGUUCUGCCAGCUCCCAUCUCGAGGCCUCUCCAAGCUCCAAGGCCUCAUGGACAAGAUCGAGUCGUACUUCCUGUCUCAGGUUUCAUGGGAGCUGCUGGUGUCUGAGCCGUUUUGUGGUAAAGUGUGUUUGGCCCGACACAAAGGGAAAUGGGCUCGAGUGGAGGUCACUAACCUGCAUGGCAGCCGUGUUCUGGAUGUAGAGUUUGUGGAUUUGGGAUUUCCUGCUUCUGUGGAACUCAGUGAGCUGAGAGAGAUUCCAGCAGUGUUCAUCAGAGAACUUCUCACCAUACCGAAACAGGCUGUUAAGUGUGGUUUAGCCGGCGUGGAGCGAAAUGAAGACGUCUGGCCUCCUGAUGUUGUUCUGUGGCUCAGAGAGACGCUGAUUAAUGCUCCUGAGUGCACAAUGAAGAUAUCUUGUCUGGACUCAGCAGGUCAGGUCCAGGUUUACCUGUUCCUUGGCACUGAAGCUCAUGAUCCUACCUCCAGCAUUAAUCUGCAGCUCCCGUUAUCCUCCACCUCGGUUUGCCCCCCCAUCGCCGCCCUGGCCCUGCUCCAGUCGGGCGACUCCUCUCCGAGCUCCGCCUCCUCUUUUAUGCCUCCAGCCCUGGAGCUGCCUGAAGAAGGGCAGACCCUGGACGUGUUCGUGUCGGUGGCCUGUCACCCGGGUCACUUCGUGCUGCAACCGUGGAAGGAGCUGUACAAGCUGGUGGUGCUGAUGGGGGAGAUGAUCCUCUACUACAGCCGACGCGAGGCUACGCCCAUCAACGUCCAGAAGAACGACAUCUACGCUGCCAAGAUCGACAGCAAUUGGCACCGUGUCUUGGUGAAGGGCGUGCUGUCUAACUCUCUGGUCUCGGUGUAUGAGCUUGAUUAUGGGAAGCACGAGGUCGUCCACACCUCACAGCUCCGCCCCCUUAUCAACGAAUUCAGACAGCUGCCCUUCCAGGGAAUCCCCGCCCAGCUCGCAGGAGUGAGGCACGGCAGUUGGAGCGAGGAAGCUGCCAUCGUCUUCCGCAUCCACGUGGAGCGACGGCCGCUGGUGGCGCUAAUCCACUCCGUCCAGCAGGGGACACAGCCGUGGGAAAGGAGACUGUCCGUGUAUCUGGUGGACACGUCACAGGACCACAGCGACGUCUGGAUCCACAACAUCAUGGCAGAGUUCACAGACAAAACCAACAGUGACUCGUAACUCGUCCUCUACACUUAUACUGACAUCACCGCCGAGGCUGCGUCCCAAACCGCUGCAAGACGCAGCCCAAUGCUCAUUUGGUCCAAAAAUUUAUUUAUACAAUAUAUAUAUAUAAAAAACAAAACAGUUUAUGGCUGUGUCUCAAAUCACAUUCUGAUGCACUAAAUACCUUAAAGUGCUCCUGACACGCUGUCUGAUGCGCAGCUCCUGUGACUUUUCAUCAGGUUUGGGAUCGGACCUGAGACUUUUCAGGCUGCAUACCAAACCACACUCUUCCAUACUACAUAGUGUGCUUCACUAACACUGCCUGUAUGUGUGUGUGUUUACUACACUAAGCUCCACCUGCUGUAAGUGGCCUUAAGGUUUAGGGUAGAGUGUGAUUUGGGACGUGAGAGGUUCUAAUUAAACCGGUUCUAGCUUUCUGUUCCAAUCCACACACUAAUGUAUGAACUGAAGCCUCAGUUAUCACAACACUCAAAAAAUAAUAUAGAUGAAAAAGUCUAUAAAAUCCUUUUUUUUGUUUUUCUCAGACGCGUGUUCCGUUCAUCCCUCCGUCACUUCUCCUCCUCUUCCUCCGUCACUUCUCCUCCUCUUCCUCCUCCUCUUCCUCCGUCACUUCUCCUCCUCUUCCUCCUCCUCUUCCUCCAUCUGCAGUGACGAUGUUCAUUUUCUCUGUGUUUGAUUUGUGUGAUGAAACUUUAACACUGAAAUUAAUAUGAAUCUUUCUGCACUUGUUUUGGUGUGUGUGUGUGUGUGUGUGUGUGUGUGUGUGUGUGUGUGUGUGUUCACUACUACACUGGAAAAAGAGAAGAAUAUCUGAAUUGUAAAGGAACGUGCUUCAGUUUUCUGUCCAGAUUUGUUCAAAUGUUUUAUUAAAAUACACAAACGUUAUUCUGUGUGUGUGUGUGUGUGUGUGUGUGUGUGUGU